AGCAGCUCACCUUAUGUACCCUCUCUAUGAUGCCCUCAAGGUCAAGAAGGGCAACCAAGUUGCCGUGUGGACACAGGACAUGCUACAUGCCUUUGAUGAAGCUAACCCCUCCUUUCCACCGGAGCUGUCAGCAGCACGUUACUGCAGCAGCACGUCAUAGCUGCCGAUAGGAACCGCUGUGGUCAACAGAACCUUUUCCACCGGAUCCAUCAGCAGCGCGAGUUGGCCGCGUCUCAGGAGCAGCAUGUCGCGGCCCUUACACGCUGGUUCUUUUUUCUAUGCGCUACGCCUCUGAAACGGGUCAAGUUCAACAUUUUUGGGGAAGGAAAGACAGGAAAAGUAAAGCGGAAAUGGAGAGAAGCUUCCGGAGAUUUUCAGAAUAAAGAAACCUACUGCCUUCCGGUUGCUUUACUUAAAAAAAAAAAGAGUUACUAACUGUGCGGCCCUGUGAGAAGGUAUCACCUAGUUAGCGGUCUCCUUUGUUUUUCAGGUCCGUAUUGGCGAUUAUAAAACGGACAGAACAUAAAACACAAACCUUUUGGAGCCAUGAUGUGGUUUUCUCCUGCUUGUUGUUGUGGUUACUGACGUCUGUCGGUGACAGCUGCUCCCCUGCUGCUACACGUCUCUGGUGGGAAGGGUCAAGCAGCAGCUUACGCGAGCAAGACGUGCUGCUGCAGUAACGUGCUGCUGACGGCUCCGGUAGAAAGGAGGGGUUAUGGGCUCGACACACGGGAGGCAACAAACGACAGCGAUCAGCAAAAUUUGUCGCUGUCGCUUUUAUUACCUGACACACGGGAGGCGACCCGCGGCAGCGGCCAGCGGUAAACCCGUCUACGCAUUCUGUUCCAUGGCGAAAUCGAAACUUCCGUUGUUUUGUUUGGCUGUGUCAGGUUGGAGGGAAUUAAGGUUAUUUAAGCGGUUCAGAGUUAAUAAAGUGGUAGAUAUGAUGUUUCACAAGUUGUUGCUAGAGUUAUGUGAAAUCUUACUUCUGAUUUUACUAUAUAAAACAUAAUAAUAAUCAACUCCUCCUCCAUGUUUGCUCGGAGAUGUGCGGAGCAUCCUGUCCGCUCAUUGGUCAGUGAAUGAAACCUCCGUUGAUUGGUCCUCGCCCGAGCGACAGCGAUGAAGAGUUGAAAAUGUUUCAACUUUCUGGGAUCGCGUCGCUGGGUCGUACGUGCACGACACGUGCACGAGUGCAAACUUUCCCACGCACGUUUUUCGCGUUUCGCUUAGUAGGAGAGAGACCCGCGAUUAUCGCUUUGUCGUCCAUGUCUCAUUGAAAAUGAAUGGAGGAGAGGCGAUGUCGCCUCCUGUGUGUCGAGCACAUUAGAUGGCAUUGGCAGAUGCUGCUCUACUGGCACACCCUACCCAAGAUGCUCCCGUGGCCCUUGCCACAGAAGCCUCCGAUUUCGCUAUUGGUGGGGUGCGCGAGCAAUGGGUCGGGGGCGCCUGGCAGCCUCUUGCUUUUUGUUUGUCGAAAACUCAAACCUACUGAACAGAAAUAUAGCACGUUCGAUAGGGAGCUCCUUGCUUUUUCUGGCGACUCACCAUUUUCGGUUCAUUUUGGAAGGUCGCAAGUUCACUGACUUUGUCAACCACAAACCAUUGACUUUUGCCAUGGCAAAGGUUUCUGAACCAAGGUCUGCCCGCCAGCAGUGACAGCUUUCCUUCUUAAGUAAGCCCAUUUCUUGGCCGACGUGCCUGUAGAGUUGGCUGUACCACCUCGUCAUAGUCGGCCGCCAAACCCCAUUCCUACUGGCCUGGUCACUCACCCACAGAGGGUUUGACAGUCCGAGAUGGACUCUGUCCAUCAAACUAAGACCAGUAGAGGUGGUUGCCCCAUUAAAUUGCCCCUUCGAUAUAGCUGAUGUUUGCUUCACUUUUAUUAAAUGGGGUUUUCUGUGUUUUACCGCCCUUCUGUGUUCUGGGGGGUCUGUGCGGUGUUCGGUUUAUGUGUUAAUCUCACACGAGAAGGGUAUAUUCUACUACCAAAGAAAACAGAAGUACAUGGUUUUAUUGUGAAGACGAGUUGUCAUGGUGAUUCAGUAGUUAGGGAGUUGAGUGGAGAAUAAAGUGCUGUUUUUUUGGUAAUGAAUACCUCCUCUGAUCCUUCAGCCAUCUGCCAACUCGUACAACCAAUCAUUAUGUAAUCAUUCAAGAAUCAGCUAAUAAAUCCACCAUGAAGUGGUUGUGAAGCUUAGGUAACCAUUAAAUCCUGAUUCAUUUAUCAUUAGUUCCUCAUUAGGUGAGCCAAUUUUGGGAUCAUAUUUGUAAAGUGUUACCAAGACAUUUGAUAGGUUUUGGAAAUAUUUGUUCAUUUAUGAUAAAAUAGCUGAAUACUAUGAAAAGAUGACAUUGCUGCUGAGGCUAUGGGCAGAGCACAGCGUCAGGGACUGAACAAGAACAGGUUAGCUGUUCCUGUGUUCUCACAAAGUUAUGUUACUGAUCCAUUUAAAAUAUUCACACGAAAUAAUUUGUAUUUCAUUAUCUGACUAGUUAAAAAAUGUUUUGUUUAAACUAUUUUCCUUGAACUUUUUAAUUAUUUUUAAAACAUUUUUUAAUAACAUUGAUGAUAAAGAGAAAUCAACUUGUGAAUGCAAUGCAUGGUAAUAUAGUAAAAUAGCAUUUUUAACAUAAGCUUAUUCACAUAUGGAAAGAAUCAAUGUGAACUAAUCGUACUUUCAUUGUGUAAAAGUAGCUCACACGUCAAAAAAGGUUGGAGAUCCCUAAAAUAUAUAAAUAACUUUUGAGUUUUUAACUUUUUUGUUGUUUCAAGUAAGUGAGGAUGGUGUCCUAAAGCCCCCUACGGACGGGCCUCUACUAGUCCAUGGAGACUCCUGUCUAACAUCAUAUGUUAGCCUGUUUUUGUUGCCUUGAUGUUUUUGGCCACAAGGGAAGAGUAAUGUUAGUGCUCAGAUCAAAUAAGAAUUGUGUAACGAAAAUAAAGUAUAAAUGAUCUGUGUGACAGGGUUCUGCUCAGACAGCAGUAUCCGUCUGAUGAUGGAGAUACAGAUUGCAGUUGAGUUCUGUUUUCCACAACUCAACAGGUCCUGCAGGAGGCCAACACCUCACUGGUCUGAAGCUGUCCUCCUGAACAUCGUGUUGUCCUUCUUCUCUCUGAUCACAGCAGUUCUAAACCUCCUCAUCAUAAUCUCAGUCUCCUAUUUCAGGAAGCUCCAGAAACCUGCUAACAUCCUCAUCCUCUCUCUGGCUGUGUCAGAUUUCCUUAUUGGCUUUUUAAUCAUUCCAUUUGAAAUCGUUAGAAGAACAAGAUGCUGGAUAAUCGGUAAUAUCACAUGUUUAUUUUACUAUUAUGUUUCCAUGUUGUCUGUCUGUGCUUCAACUGGAACCAUUGUUCUCAUAUCAGCUGAUCGCUAUGUGGCUAUUUGUUACCCUCUGCAUUAUCCCACCAGAAUAACCUUACCAAGAAUGAAACACUGUGUUUGUCUCUGUUGGAGCUGUGUUGCUUUCUAUGUAACUUGCUUGUUAAAAGAUGAGCUGAUUCAGCCAGGCAGGAGUAAUUCCUGCAUUGGAGAAUGUACAGUAUCUUUUGACUAUUUUGUAGGAACUUUAGAUCUGUUUAUAACAGUUUUAUUUCCAGUUACAAUCAUCAUAGUUCUGUAUAUGAGAGUAUUUGUGGUGGCUGUGACUCAGGCUCGUGCCAUGUACUCUCACAAUAGAAGUGUCACCCUUCAGCUUUCAGUGCAACAACAAACAAAGAAAUCAGAGCUAAAAGCAGCCAGAACACUGGGUGUUCUUGUUGUUGUGUAUCUGAUGUGUUUAUGUCCAUAUUACUGCUGCUUUUAUUUUAUAGAUAGUUUUACAACUACAACAUAUGUAUCAUUCUUGUUGUUUCUCAUUUAUCUUAACUCCUGCCUAAACCCUCUGAUCUAUGCCAUGUUUUAUCCCUGGUUCAGAAAAGCUGUUAAACAUAUUGUAACUUUACAGAUCCUGAAGCCCGGCUCCUGUGAGGCCAACAUACUGUAGAUACUGUGGACUGAGGGACGUACAACCUCCUGAACAGUUUACAAUUCUAAAAUCUUAAGUACAGUGAAGGAGAAAGUAGUUUUCUUCAUUUCCUACAUUAUAAACAUAAAUGUAUGUAAAGAACGGGGCCAGUUGUAGGCUGGCAUAUUUGAGGGGGCAGACAGAAUUGUG